AUGUCAUUCACUGGGAACUUCGCAGACAAGGUCGUUCUUAUCACAGGAGCGAGCAGCGGUAUUGGCAAAGCGACCGCUAUCAAAGCAGCGACAUGUGGCGCAACACUUGCCCUUGCUGAUAUUAACGGGCCAGCACUGGAGGAAGUGCUAAAUAUAUGCGAAAAAUCAUCCACGAUAAAGGCUAGCCACCUCAAGUACACCUUGGAUGUUAGUGCUGCCCAUGACUGCGCCAGUUUUAUGGAAGCCACUGUCAAAGCUUUUGGCCGAAUUGACUAUGUUUUCAGCUGCGCUGGAAUCAACCCAACUUCUGUCCCGAUCGAAUCAGUCUCGGAUGAAUACUGGGAUAAAUUGAUGAACACCAAUCUCCGCGGUACAUUCAACAUAUGCAGAGUGUGCUUGCCCCAUAUGCAGAGUGGCUCAGCCAUCGUCAAUGUAUCAUCUGUAUGCGGGAACUACCCAGUGGCCAACUUUUCUGUAUAUUGCGCCGCCAAAUAUGCUGUCAUUGGUUUUUCAAAGAGUGUGGCCUUGGAGGUCGGCCCUCGAGGAAUCCGCGUGAAUGUGGUCGCGCCGGGCUACACCGACACCCCGACAAAUGUGUCUGUACGCACUGGUGCGGAGGCAAUGCAGCGUACUGCGGAAAGCGUUGGAAUGAAGAGAAUGGGUCAUGCAGAUGAAAUUGCCAACACUGUUCUCUUCCUUUUUUCUGAACAGAGCAGCUAUAUGAAUGGCGCAGUUGUGGACGUUGACGGAGGAGUUGGCAUGUUGGGAUAA